AAAGGGAGGUGGAGAUUUACUAUCCCACCCAGUCAAAGUGUCUCACUGGUGCUCUGACACACAGACACACUUGCAGAGACACACACAACCUCACACACACACACUCUCACUCAUACACACACACUCAGACAUUCUGCAAACUCUCCACAGGAAACUCUGAGCCAUAAUGCGAAGGCACCUCAGAGCAGACGGGUGCAUUGCUCAAACCAAGUGGGAUACGGUGUGGCUUUGAUAGUGCGUUAAUUACUCAUGUGAUGUGAUACAGAUGUCUGGGGGCUUCAGCCGAAAGUUUGCCUGACGGUUUCCAAGGGGGCCAGGCAGACAUUUUAGAAGCGCAGUGAUAUAUUGGGACAGUCUUUCAAUCAGUGAAAUCAAAGCGCCGAAUGUGUUCCAUAAUGGGCACCCCAGCUGUGCAUAUGUUGGUGCUAAUGGCCUGUAUGGCAGCCACAGGAAUGUGCCAGAUAAAUAAAGCUAAAGCAGAGGAGGUCUCCCUUGGCCACUCCAUCCUCCAGUCUCCAGGAUACUACAGCACCGUCAUUCCCAGCACAAUGCCUGAUUUCCAACCGGGGGCCCCGGGGGCUGAUGCACAAGCUGUGGGAUCUGGAAAUGAAACUGUCAUAAAGAGGACGUCACUACCUCCGAUGUGCUCUGUAUCUACCGCUAUUAACGGCUAUUUUAAGUACAUCAACACCAUCAUUUCCAUCAUAGUGUUUGUGGUCGGCCUGGUCGGCAACGCCACCCUGCUGAGGAUUAUAUACCAGCACAAGUGCAUGAGGAACGGGCCAAAUGCCCUCAUUGCCAGUCUGGCACUAGGGGACCUUAUCUACAUACUCAUUGAUAUACCCAUCAAUGUAUACAAGCUCCUGGCAGGACGCUGGCCUCUUGAGGAAACAGAUUUUGCCGUGUUUCUGUGUAAGAUGGUGCCCUUCCUGCAGAAAGCCUCUGUGGGUAUCACCGUCCUUAACCUGUGUGCCCUCAGUGUGGACAGGUACAGAGCUGUGGCCUCCUGGAGCAGAGUACAGGGAGUGGGCAUUCCUCUGCUUACAGUCAUUGAGAUUGUGUCUAUUUGGGUGCUGUCACUGGUCCUGGCAGUACCCGAGGCUAUUGGGUUCAACAUGGUCCCCUUCAACUACAGGAACCAAAGCAUUCGCACCUGCAUGCUUAAUCCCAAGGGUAACUUCAUGGAGUUCUAUAGGGAUGCAAAGGAUUGGUGGCUCUUUGGAUUCUACUUUUGUGUACCACUGGCCUGCACCGCGGUGUUCUACACUCUGAUGACCUGCGAGAUGCUCAACCACAGGAAUGGCAGCCUUCGGAUAGCCCUCAGUGAACAUCUCAAACAGAGACGGGAGGUGGCCAAAGCCGUCUUCUGCCUUGUCCUUAUCUUUGCCCUGUGCUGGUUCCCACUGCACCUAAGCAGGAUCCUGAAGAAGAUGGUUUACUACCAGAAUGAUAAGAUGCGCUGUGAGCUGCUCAAUUUCCUGUUGGUCAUGGAUUACUUUGGUAUCAACCUUGCAACAAUCAACUCCUGCAUAAACCCCAUUAUCCUGUACUUUGUCAGCAAGAAGUUUAAAAACUGCUUCAAGUCUUGUUUGUGCUGCUGGUGUUACUCUGACAACCAGCUGAGCAGCAUUGGACCCAUGAAUGGCACCAGUAUCCAGUGUAAGAGCCCUGAGCCCAACAAUCUCCACACUGAUCGCAGCAUCAGGAAAGACAGCAACUGAUCUUUCACCUGAGGACUAUUUUCAAGCUCUUCAAAUUAUCCAGCAGCUUUUAAAAUACAACCAAUGCGCACCCCAACAAAAAUAUGUACAUAAACACCUUUUUGAGACAAUAAAUUCACAUCCUUAGACCCACUGAAGCAACAAACGAUCCUGGCAGGGAUGGAUUAGGAACUGGAGAUAAAAGGAACAAACUAUGGAUGUGGCGCACAAUGCUCUGAAGUUGCCCGAGUCUCUCAGCAGGCUAAACUUCCUAAGACAAACUUUUUUUUGUAUUCCCACACCCACGACAGUGACGCUGUAGCGUGAGAGUAGAAGGGGGAGAGCGGGAUGAGGAGGAGGACUCUUUCACAGGAUGCAGCUGAACGAUACAACUAUAAAUGACUCUCAAUCAGUAGCAGAGCGUGCUAUUCCUGUAAAGGGCAGCACUACUGGGAAGGAUGCACAAAGCUACAGGAUGGAAAAAGCAAACUGCUCGCUGUCAGAGGGAAUGCUGAAAGAUGAGUAUGUGCUGUCCCCAGGAGUUCUACUCAUUGAAGGUGGAAAACAGGAAAGCGUGUUACCGACUCGAACAACAAUUCAUUUUCCAUAAAACAUGCACGUGGUUGCAGAGUAUUUUACCCACACUUAUUAUUCAUCGAGCUACUGGGUGGUGUAAUUAGAAGAAAAUGUUAGCGUUAAUUUGCUUUCUACUACUUAACAAAAACCUUAUUUUCUGACUCAUCGGGUAAAUUGGGAAAAUGUCUCUGAACAUAAAGACACACCCCUUCAUUGGAAAUACAAUUAUGUUAAUGUAAUCAUGAUCCACAGACUUCCAAACUUUUGGUUAGUAAUCAAAAAAUGAAAGAUUUCAGAACAGAAUCAAGACUGGUCAGAACAAGCCAAAGUACACUGGCACAAAAUCAAUUUUCAUAUCUCAUGUCAAGAAAAUGAUGUCAGGUAAUGCAUCAUGACAGGUCAACAGAAAUGGAUAGGAAUGAACUCUUUUGUAAACACUGUGAAUUUUAACAGAUAUAGUCAACAAUAAUCAUGACAUUUAUGCUUGUAUAACCAGUGGAAUAUAUAUAUAUAUAUAUAUAUAUAUAGUAUCCACUUUUAUAAAAUGUUAUAUUGCAGUAAUAAUAUGUAUUUUACUCCUGCGUAAUGAAAUAGGCAAAUGCAUUUUUAAUGGUGGUGUUAAACGCUCCAAUUAUUAAAGAAAUAGUUUGACAUUUUGGAAUUCACCUGUAUUGGCUUUCUUGCCAAGCGUUAGAUAAGAAGACCGAUACCACUAACACGUCUGUAAAAUUACAAAAAGCCACAGAUGGUUAGAUUAGUUUAGCGUAAACACUGGAAACGGUUGAAGCAGCUGGCCUGGCUCUGCCUGAGGGUGGCCAAAUCCACCUGUCUACCAACCGUGGCUUUAUCGGACGUUGGCCUGCUAUUUGUUUUGAGCGGGUUGGCGAUAACGCUCAGCCAGGUCAUAAACUUUAUGGUCCAUAAUCCUCAUAUGAAACCAUGCAAUUGGCUUUCUUGCAAAGAGUUAGAUAAGAGUGAUACCACUAACGUGUCUGCAGGUCUAAGUGUUUAGCAGAAACACUGGAAGCUGUUGAAACAGCUGGCCUGGCUCUGCCUGAGGGUGGCCAAAUCCACCUGUCAGCGCCUCUAAAGCUCACCAAUUAACUAGUUAUAUCUAGUUGGUUUAAUGAUUAUGAUGAAUUUGUGUUUUUAGCUACAGCCAACAGCUAAAAGGCUGUGCAAAUUACUGUAUAUUCAUCAGCCAACUGGCUGCUUGCUGUAGCUAACCGGCAGAAACCACAAGAGAUGUACCGCGUAUAGUGAGCUGCUAGCAGGUGAAUUUUGUUUCCUUUUGACGGCACCAACCCAAGCGAGCUGUUUUCUUGUCUUUCUAGUCUUCAUGCUAAGCUAAGCUAAGCAGCUGCGGGUAGUAGCUGCAUAUGGACAUGAGAAUGCUAUUAAUCUUCUUAUCUAACUCUCGCCAAUAAGGACAUUUGCCAAUACUAUUCAAACCAUUCUUUGUUGAAAUCAUUAUUCAGCUACCAACAACUAUACCUUACUAUACCUUAUACUAUUUGAUAUGUGAACACAUGUAAGCCUGUGUUUUUGACUGUGUGUUAGCGUGUGCGUGUGUACGUUUGUGUAAUGUGUAUAAUUGCCUGCCCUUUUCUAGUUGGAGUGUCUUGCGUACAGAAGAACAGGCGAUAUCUGUACUGUUUUUAUUUUACCACUAUCCAUUGGCGCCAUUCAUAAUAAUCUUUAGAAAAUGGAAUUCAUAUAUGUUUGUUUAAAUAGAUGCUGCUGCUUAUACCAAUAAAUCAAUUUCCAUCUCUGCU